AUGUCAUUAAUUUUUAUGUUAUUUUUGUGCUUUUCAGGAACAGGACUUGCUUAUAAAAGUGAGAAAGAGUCGAGUAUUAGUGGAGAUGAGGGGUUUUAUGCAGAAAAAUAUGCAUAUAUACCGGUUGAUAGAGGCGAAUCGGGUAUCCGGAAUAUUGAGAAUAAUGGCUAUAUAGAAGAGUCGUUUAAGAAAGGGAUUGAUGUAAAUACAUAUAAUGAAGUGGAAAAAAGUGAUUUAAAACGAUCUUUUCAAAAUUUUGCAGGAGGCUAUAUUCCUUUAUACAUAAAACGCGCUCUUGUUAAUUCUUUGAGAUCAAUUCGGCAGAUUUCAUCUAGGGGUUUAACGGAAAAAACGAAAUAUUCAAAUUAUUUUACAAAGCUUUUCAAGCACAGUUUUUCUGCAUCAUCUAAUAUAUUACAAAAGAAAAAUACGAAUAAUCGUAUUUAUAAGCGUUCAUUUUCACAUUUAAGCAAACGAGAUCAAGUUCAAUGUGUUAAUUUUUUGGAGAAGUUAGAAGAUUCUAGUUUAAAUAGAAACUCUAGGGAAUGUUUUAAGGAAUCGAUUUUUUUUUCAGGAUGUCCGAAUAUUUUUGAUAUUCCUUGUCUCUGUAGGUCUAAUAACUAUAAAAGUCAUAUAGCUUUAUGUAUUUAUCAGAGGAGUACUAUUCAGCUUAUUACUGCUUUUGCAUUCGCAAGUGAAAUAUGCUCCAACUACGCAUCUCUUUCCAGUUCAUGCAUUUCUUCACUUCUGGCAAACUCUGAUAAUCUAUAUAAAAAGUAUAAUUUCAAAGUUAAAGUUGACGCGUCAGAUUCCAAGCAGAAAACAUGUUCAAAAUCCUAUUCGAUUUUUGCUAAUUUUUCAAUUUUAACAUUAAUACUUAUUGUAGCAGGAACUAGUAUUUUUAUACAAACAGGAAUUUUGUCCUUGAUAUAA